AUGGGUUCCAACUUCGACGGCUCAGGAACGGCCGUGGUGUCGUUCCUGGACUCCUAUCUGAAUACUAAUACCUACUCGAACGCGAAUCCUGCUGAGAUCGAUUUUCAUCAAGAUGUCCUUUCCCCCCAGAACCACGAGUCACACCCUCCGAUCGGUCGGCUCAUGCUCCUGGUGUUUUCUGCCAUCCUCGAGGUGGUCUGCAUCAGCCUUCCUGGUUAUGUUAUCGCGAGGUUAGGACACUUUGAUGCCGACAAGCAAAAGUUUCUGGCGAACUUGAAUAUUAUGCUAUUCACCCCCUGUCUGAUCUUCACGAAGCUUGCCUCCCAGCUAAGCAUCGACGCUCUCGCAGGCCUCUCCAUCAUUCCUCUCAUCUUCGUCAUCCAAACCGCCGUAUCAUGGCUCGUCUCCGUCCUCGUCUCCCGAGUAUUCCGUUUCCACAAGCGCGCCGCCAACUUCGUCACUGCCAUGGGCGUCUUCGGUAACUCGAAUUCCCUACCCAUUUCCCUCGUUAUCGCCUUUUCUCAGACUCUCGACGGACUGCACUGGGACAGAAUCCCCGGCGACAACGACGACGAUGUCGCCGCACGAGGCAUUCUCUACCUCCUUCUUUUCCAGCAGCUUGGCCAACUCGUUCGGUGGAGUUGGGGCUACCACGUACUACUUGCACCGAAGCCCAAGGUGGAGGAAACAGAAGACCCGGUGUAUGGUGAAGGUCUCGAAUAUCGUAACGACGAUGAUCUAGAGAGUGGCCCCUACGCGGAUGCCUCCCAGCCUCCCACUCUAACCCAUAGCACCACGAGCGAUGAUUCCGACAGCGAAACGAGCGAGCCCUUGGAUCGCACCGAAAGCACCGAGGAUUUCUGCCAUUUCUGGCCUGCAGGCCCGACACCUGUCGCCAGCGGAUCGCAAGCUUCGCCGGAGGAUUCUGGGGAUGAGGAGAGCCUGGAUCCGGAUGCCAAGAACGCCGAUCGACCCCUCCUCCCCAACCGCCACAGCCAUCGCGGUUCGGUACGAGAGAUCGUCUUUUUCCCCGAGAUCAGGUCUGGCCAACCGAGGAGCUCGAGCACUUUGAUUAAGACCGUCAAGUCGAGGCUGCAAAAGAAGGUAGCCGCUGUCAAGUCUUCGAUAAGCCAGCGUCUGCGGAAGGUGUUCAACUGCCUCCCCAGCCCACUGCAGAGUGUGUUGAAGGGCCUGUGGUCUGGGAUCACCAGGAUCUACGUGUUCCUUGAGAAAUUCAUGAACCCUCCCCUCUGGGCCAUGAUGAUAGCCGUCAUCGUCGCCUCCGUCCCUAAGCUACACGACAUCUUCUUCGAAGAGGACUCAUUCGUGUACAACAGUGUCACUCGCGCGGUGUCAUCCAGCGGCAGCGUCGCCGUGCCCCUCAUCCUCGUCGUCCUCGGCGCGAACCUAGCCCGGAACACCCAACAACACGAAAACCACGACCACGACGAGGAGAAGAUCGGCACGAAGCUGCUCAUCGCCUCGCUCGUUAGUCGCAUGUUGCUGCCCACGAUCAUCAUGGCGCCCAUUCUCGCCCUCGUCGCCAAGUACAUUCCAGUGAGCAUUCUUGACGAUCCGAUUUUCGUCAUCGUGUGCUUUCUUCUCACGGGUGCGCCGAGCGCAUUGCAGCUGGCGCAGAUUUGUCAGCUUAACGGGGUGUAUGAGGGCGUUAUGGCCAAGAUUUUGUUCCAGAGUUAUGUUAUCUGGAUCCUUCCGUCAACCAUGGUCUUGGUCAUGUGUGCACUUGAGGUAGUUGAGUGGGCGCAACGAGGGCGAACGAGCCAGCUCAAUUAA